GAGUGACGUCACAUAAGUUCAAGUUCAUUGAUCAAAUUCACUACUUGCACUUUUUUUAAUAAUUGCUUUUCGUAUAUAUAGUUGAAGUUGAAAGAAAGAAAGAAAGUAAAUAAACUCAUACCGAAUUAAUAAACAGAAAAAGAACCCAGCCUUGAAAUUGUGUAUUUGAAGAUGUAAAAAUACGAAAAAUACCUAAAUUAUAAUCAUUCCUCUCAGCAUAUUUACGCACGAUGGAUAAAGAAAUAAAUAAAGUAUACGGAGAUUGGAUUUAUGAAGGUAAUUUAGGUUCUGGCGGAUUUGGUGUUGUUCAAUGUUGGAAAAAUUGUCGAACUGCUAAAAAAAUAGCAAUAAAAAAAUGUAAAGCUGCAUCGAGUUUAUCGGAAAAGCAAAAGCAAAGAUGGUAUCAUGAAGUUUUGAUAAUGAAUAACUUGAAACAUCCAAAUUUGGUGGCAAGUGUCAAAUUGCCGGAUGAAUUAAAAUGCAUUCAAUCAACAGUGCCAGUAUUGUGUAUGGAAUUUUGCAGUAAAGGAGAUUUGAGAAAACUACUCAACAAUACGAGAAAUAUUUUUGGUUUUGAACAAUUCAAAGCAGUAAAAAUAAUGUCAGACGUUGCGUCUGGAGUUGAAUUUUUACAUCAAAAUAAAAUUACACACAGGGAUUUAAAACCGGAAAAUAUUGUCAUAAUAGGACAGAAUGAAGAGAUUACUUGUAAAUUAAUAGAUCUUGGUUAUGCGAAAGAACUGGGACAAGAUAGUUUAUAUGCUUCCUUGGUUGGAACUUUAAAUUAUGUGGCUCCGGAAUUAUUUUGGAACAAAAAGUACAGUUGCUCUGUGGAUUAUUGGAGUUUGGGAAUUCUUUUCUAUGAAGUUCUGACCGGAACGAGACCUUUUUUGCCUCAUAUGAGAAACACUGUUAAAUGGAUGGAGGCAGUUAGAGGGAAAAAAUAUAAUGAGAUUUGUGCUCAUCAAAUAGGAGAACAAAUUCAUUUUUAUUCGGAAAUAAUAGAUCCUACGGAUUUAUCAGAAUUCUUGAGAGAUAAUCUAGUGGAAUGGUUUAGAGUUUCUUUGCAAUGGGAUCCGAAGAAGAGAGGAAAAUUAGAGAAUACGAAUAACAUUGUUCUGUUUGAUUUAUUGAAAAGUAUUUUAUUAAAACAGGAAUUACAUGCGUUUGUAGUGUCUCAAUAUCGAAUUGUAACCUUUCUCGUAAAUGAAACAACAAAAUUGGAAGAUUUGCAACAUUUGAUUGAAGAAAAAACUGAUAUUCCUAUUCAUCAGCAAACUGUCACUGCUUUUGAGUGUACAAUUUUAAAUAAUAAGCAAUCAGUGCUUUCUCAAAUUAAAAUUCAGUCCGAGGCUCCUCACGUGUUAAUUUUCAAAACUGGAAAUUUACAUCCAGAAAAGCUUCCCAAUCAAAAACUACCGAAACCAAUUGAAAGGGUUCUUGAGAAACCUCUCGAAAAAUUUGAAUAUUGCCAAAGAAUCCAAUUUAUAAAAGCUAUCAUGUUCUUUAUUAAUCAGGAAAUUAGAUUUUCCAAGUGGUACCAAAUAUCAUUGAGUAUUAAAAUAGACUUACUGGAUCAGAGAUGGACAGAACUCGAUGAAAAUUUGAAAUCUGAAAUAGAAAGUCUCUCAUUACUUAAAUCGCAAGUCGAAGAAACAAUAAAAACAAAAGCAGAAUUCUCCAAACAAUUUGAAUUUCAACAAAUAAUUAAAAAAAUUGAGGAAAAACCUUUGAGAACAAUCACUCAAAUGACUAAAAGAUCGGAAAUAUUAAAUAAAGUGAAUAAAGAGUUGAGAAAUUUUUCUGAAAUCAAUUGGAUAAAUGAUUUUUCAACUUUAUUUGACAAAGUUGGAGAAAUAUUUAGAAAUGAGGAUCAUACUUUAAUGAAAAGUGAUGUUGAAUCGGCAACAAAAGUAUUUUUCCGAUUUUUAGAACUUAAAUCAACAAAUAUUGAAAGGAAUAAAGACAUUAUUGAAACUACCGAGAAAAUUUCAUUUCUAGAAGACGAACUGUCAAAACUAGAGAAAUUCUCCAAUUCAGCGAAUGUUUUGAGAAUACUUUAUACAUCUGAAUUUGAGGCACUAAAAAAAAGUUUGGACUCAAUGCAAUUAAUGAAAGAUUCAAAAUCGGAAAGAAGCUCAAAUUCAAAUUCAUUGAAUAAUUCGGACAAGACGAAUUUUCAAAAGUCGUUAACAAAUGAAAGUGAUGAUUUAAUUCGCGAUAGUUUAGUUAUUCGUUAUAUGAUGAGUAAUUUGGUAACAAAACUCCAAGAAGAAGUGCCCAGCAUGCUGCAUUUUGACUCAUAAGUUUAGUAGAGAAGCGAAUCUGUGAUUUAUUUUUUACUAUAUAGUAUUUAGUAAAAUUUUAAUAAAAUUUUAUAAAACGGGAAAA